AUGGUACUACUUUUUAUUUUUUUUUAUAGUGGAGGGCUUUGCAGUGUGUUGAACAAUCAACGAGAGAGAGAGAGAGAGAGACUUUUUCCAAGGACAUGGUACUACGUUUUAUUUUUUUUUAUAGUGGAGGGCUUUGCAGUGUGUUGAACAAUCAACGAGAGAGAGAGAGAGAGACUUUUUCCAAGGACAUGGUACAACUUUUUAUUUUUAUUUUUUAUAGUGGAGGGCUUUGCAGUGUGUUGAACAAUCAACGAGAGAGAGAGAGAGAGAGACUUUUUCCAAGGACAUGGUACAACUUUUUAUUUUUUUUUUUUAUAGUGGAGGGCUUUGCAGUGUGUUGAACAAUCAACGAGAGAGAGAGACAAUCAACGAGAGAGAGAGAGAGAGAGAGAGAGAGAGAGAGAGAGAGAGAGACUAUUGCUGUUCGGCGGGCAUGGCGGUUACAAAGACUGGGUAUCUUCCACUCUUCGAAACAAAGGAAGCCAAGGGUCGAGUGGCUUAUCGAGUGUUCGCCUUGUCCAUGCUUGUGGCCAUCUGUAUGGUUGUGGUUUACAGAGUGAGCCAUGUCCCAUCUGGAGGAGGAGGAGGAGAAGGAGCUGCCCAGGGAAGAUGGGUUUGGAUUGGACUGUUUGUUGCUGAACUCUGGUUAUCUUUUUCUUGGAUUCUCCGUCAAUCUUUUCGAUGGAACCCUAUCUAUCGGUACACCUUCAAAGACAGGCUCUCCCACAGGUACGAGAAGGAAUUACCGAAUGUAGAUAUAUUUGUAUGUACAGCAGAUCCAAGCGGAGAGCCACCAAUAAUGGUGAUCAACACUGUAUUAUCAAUGAUGGCCUAUGAUUAUCCACCGGAGAAGCUCAGUGUUUAUCUUUCCGACGAUGGUGGGUCCGAGUUGACGUUUUACGCAAUGAUAGAGGCCUCUCACUUCUCUAAGCAUUGGCUCCCAUUCUGCAAGCAAUUCAAAGUGGAGCCGCCCUCCCCCUCAGCUUUCUUUUCCAGUCACUCUCACGAUCAACCGUUAUAUCCUCAUCAUAUGGCCAACAACUACUCUUCUAUCAAGAAAUUGUACGAAGACAUGGAAAAACGGAUCAGGAUUGUGAUGGAGCUAGGUCGAGCACCACAGGAAAUUCGCAAGGAGCACAAAGGUUUUCUUGAGUGGGAUACAGUUUCUAGUCCACGUGAUCAUCAGACCAUUCUUCAGAUAUUAAUCGAUGGAAAAGACCUCAAUGCUGUGGAUAUGGAAGGACAUCAAUUGCCAACUCUAGUAUACAUGUCCCGUGAGAAGAGACCCCAAUACCAUCAUAACUUCAAGGCUGGAGCUAUGAAUGCACUGAUAAGGGUGUCUUCGAAGAUAAGCAAUGGACCAAUUAUUCUCAAUGUGGACUGUGACAUGUACUCAAAUAAUUUAGAUUCAGUGAGAGAUGCCCUUUGCUUUUUCAUGGAUGAGGAGAAGGGCCACGAGAUUGCUUUUGUACAGUAUCCACAGAGCUUCAACAAUAUCACUAAGAAUGAUCUCUAUGGAAGUUCUUUCAGAAUACAUCAAGAGGUGGAGUUCUAUGGUAUGGAUGGCAAUGGAGGGGCUCCCUAUAUUGGAAGUGGAUGCUUUCACAGGAGAGACACCCUGUGUGGGAGGAAAUACACAGAGGAGGAUUACAAGAGAGAGUGGCAAACAGAGAAUGAAAGAAUUGAAGGAGAAAGUUCAAAUGAAUUUCUAGAGAGAAUAAAGGGACUUGCCAAUUGUGACUAUGAUGAGAACACUCAAUGGGGAAAAGAGAUGGGGUUGAAGUAUGGUUGUGUAGCUGAGGAUAUGAUUACAAGUUUGGCAAUUCAUUGUAGGGGAUGGAAAUCAGUGUAUUUCAAUCCAACCAAGAAGGCCUUCCUUGGUGUUCCUCCUGUUACGUUGGAUCAGAUGCUUGUACAACAGAAAAGAUGGGCUGGAGGUCAUCUUCAGAUUUUUUUCUCAAGGAAUUGUUCCUUCUGGCAAGGUCAUAGAAGGAUCAACAUAGGACUUCAAAUGGGAUAUGCCUACUUCAACAUGUGGGCUACUUAUGGCCCUCCAACACUAUAUGGCCACGUCAUCCCUUCACUUUGUCUCCUAAAAGGCAUUCCCUUGUUUCCAAAGAUUUCAACCCCAUGGUUUCUGCCUUUCGCAUAUUUGAUCAUUGCAAGUUCCACAUACAACUUAGGAGAGUUUUUAUGGACUGGUGGCUCACUCCAAGCUUGGUGGAAUGAUGAAAGGAUAUGGAUAUACAGGAGGACAAGUUCCUACAUCUUUGCCAUUGUAGAAACAUUGCUCAUGAUAUUAGGGUUUACUAAGUCAGCAUUUGCCAUCACAACUAAGGUGGCUGAUGAUGAUGUGAUGAAGAGAUAUGAGCAAGAGAUAAUGGAGUUUGGAGCCAAUUCUCCCAUGUUUAGCACCCUAACAACAGUUGCAUUGCUCAACUUAUUUAGUUUGGUUGGAGUGAUGAAGAGAUUGCUCAUGGCUCAUGAUGCUGCUGAAGUUUUAGAGACAUGGUGCUUGCAAAUCCUUUUGUGUUUGGUUGUGGUUGCCAUCAAUCUUCCAAUCUACCAAGGUCUCUUCUUUCGCAAGGACAAAGGCUGCAUACCUUCCUCUCUUCUGUUUAGAUCAUUUGUUUUUGCUUUAAUAGUAAGUAUGCUACCAAUGUUCUAAUCUGUAGCUGUAAAUCCCAAACCCCCUUGUCCGGACAAUAAGCAGUACCCCAUUAACUAGAAUCUCAGUAUGCAAUUAUAAAUUUUUCCUAUGGUAAGAGUAUGUAAAUAUGCAAAUAUGUCAAGGGCUAAUGGAGCUUGAAGUCAAUGCUCUAAAUCGUCCAAGAUUCCGUCUUAAAUAACUUGUUUUUGUCUUUUGAGGAGGGUCACUCUUGGUUCAUUUAGCCUGCUGAUGGCAAUAUCAAAGGUGGGUUAGACUU